AUGUUCCUCAAGACGGCACUUCUCUUCGCCGGCGCCUGCGUUGCCGGUGUGCUCAACUCGGCCUCCGCAGCUUUGCUCAAUGGCCAUGACCUGUCCUCCGUCUCCAUCAUGGAGACCGCCGAAGGCGCCCACUGGAUCGACACCUCGGGCAAUUUCUCCACCAUCGAGACCAUCCUCGGAGGUGGCGGCAUGCAGGCUGUGCGUCUCCGCAUCUGGACGGCCGGCGACUACGACCUCAACUACACGCUGGCCCAGGCCCAGCGGUACGCUAAGGCCGGGUUCAAGAUCUACCUGGACAUGCACUUCUCCGACACGUGGGCCGACCCGCACCACCAGAACAUCCCUGCAGCCUGGGACAACUCGUCCGUGGAGACGCUGGCCGCCGACCUGCAGGCCUACGUGACGACGACGCUCCAGGCCUUCACGGACGGCGGCAUCGACCUCGAGAUCCUAUCGCUGGGCAACGAGAUCACUAUCGGCUUCCUCUGGCCGACCGGCAAACUCGACACGGACAACUACAACGACUUCGCUACGCUCUGGAAGGCCGCGCGUCUGGGCGUGACGGACGCCGUGGCGCAGGGCACCAAGCAGCCGCAGAUCAUGAUCCACGUCGACAACGGAUGGGACUACGACUACGUGACCAAGUUCUUCACGGGUCUGUUCGCCAACGGUACCGUGACCCCCGACGACGUGGACGUCUUCGGGUUCUCCUUCUACCCGUUCUACGGGGUGGAGGCCACGAUCGACGCGCUCAACUCGUCGCUGACUCAAGUCGCUAAGGACUACGAUAAGCCGCUCUACGUUGCCGAGACCAACUGGCCCGUGGCGUGCGAGAACGUCUCACUGAGCGCGGACUACCCGGUGAGCCCCGAGGGUCAAGUCCAGUGGGUGAACGCCAUCAAGGAGGUGCUCGAAGGCCUGCCGAAUGGUCUGGGCGCUGGUAUCUACUACUGGGAACCCGCGUACAUCAAGGUGGCGAGUCUGGGCAGCUCGUGCCAGUCGGCACUUCUGUUCGAUGUGGACUGGGCUACCUGGCCGAUGACGUACGCUACGGCGUACUCGUCCGUCAACAUGUUUGUCUAGAGUACAUGUAGACGAGGUUCUGAUGAAGUUGAUGACUACGCGUAACUUCAAACUAAACGUGAAUUCGGAGU